AUGUCGCCCGAGCAAUAUAUUCUGCUCGAUGGCACUCGGAAUGUCCAAAUGGAGAUCGAGGCCAUUAGCAAUGAGCCACUUCAAGGGGACCUGAUCAACAAAUAUGAAAGUUCUCCCGAUCCAGCGAUGCUGCAAGUGAUGAAUGCAGGCUCUGAUAUACCGGUCAUGGUACCCAUAGAACCUGGCAAGCUUGAUGUCCUCUGCGCGUGUAUGAGCGUUUGGAAAGAUCAGGAAAUCGUCAAGUUUAUUAUUUCUAAUGAAGAGGGGCACAUAAUUCGGAGUGAUAUAUUCGAGGAUCGACUACGGGGUCGCCCGGGGAUCCGGGUUGUAGGGCUCGUUCAUCCUCGGCAAUUUGUCUAUCCUCCUCCCUACACUACACGAGCAGGUCUAGGGAAACUCCUGGAAUUCGCCGUAUGCUGUAUUCUGAUCGAUAGCGGCAGCAAAAGUUCCAAGAACCAGCUUUCCGAUCAAUUGCAAUCGCACCUCACUGAAAGGCUCUCAUUUCCUUGGUUGUCACCGACGCCAAUUUCUUCGCGCAGGCUUGCUGUAGUCGGUGAAGUCCGCCCGGCGCACCUCUCCUUGCGAUUCUUUCAGGCCGCUCAAGCCCUUGGGGUUAAGGUGGUGGCCUUUGGGCCUCGCGGACAUUGGUUACAGGAUCAAGAAUCCCACAACGCCCAAAUAAAAGAAGCUUUCAUCGAAGUGGAUUUGUCCGUAAAUCCUGGGCUUCCAGACCGCAUUUUAACCGCUAUUCAAAGCUACCCUGCUAAAAUUGAUGGAGUGACUACGGUCACCGAAUUUCUGCUCAUUCCAGUCGCUCAAGCUGCCGAACGACUAGGUCUCCCUACCUCGCCAACUACGUCAUUUAUCAAGUCCGUCAACAAGCACAAGACCCGCCUAGAGGACAGCCCAAGCUCCUGCCUUCUGGUUUCUAGCUUGGAUACCCUCCAAUCACAGUUAGCAUCCGGUAAUGAAGAGAUACUCCCCCCGGGCCCACCGUGGAUUGUUAAGCCCUGUAAUGGCUGGCAUAGUCUUGGAGUCUCCAAGGUGGCCACCAAGGAGGGCUUAGCUGCCGCCGUAGAGAGAGUGGCCAAAUAUGCCGCUUAUUCUAGGGACGAGCCGGAAGAAAAGGAGCCCCAGUGGCAAACCAAUGUGUUGAUCGAGGAAUAUUGCGAUGGGCCGGAGGUAGACUGCAAUUUCGUCUUGUGGGACGGCCAAAUCCUCUUCUUCGAAGUGAUUGACAACCUUCCGUGUGCUGGUGAUGAGGUAGGAGAGGACAGGCAAAGCUCGGGAAAUUUCAAGGAAACCCAGCUAGUAUUCCCCUCCGCGUUGCCGCCAUCAGAAUUGGAGACGCUCAAACUCUCUCUGUACACCUCCAUUACGCGAUUGGGAUUUCGCUCCGGAGUCUUUCACGUUGAAGCUCGUGUGCGUGAUUCUAGUUGCCGAUAUCGAUCGGUAGAAAAAGAUGACUCGUUAGACUUGCGCCCUAGCCUUGAGCCUACGGCGCAAGAUCCGACUGUUUUUCUGAUUGAGAUCAACGCCAGGCCUCCGGGCUAUAUGGAUACAUGCGCUAGUUACUUUGCGAAUGGGGUUGAUCUUUUCGCGCUUCAAAUCCUCAUCGCACUCGAAGACGAGUCAAGGCUACGAGCCUUGUCACAGCCAUACAAGUCUUGUAAGUCUUGUCCUCACGUCGUGAUCUCAGCGAUCCAAGCAGCCAAGUCCGGGGUCAUUGUGUCGGAGGAUCCCUGGAAAGACCUAUCCCAAAAGGAUCCAACCCUGAUGUCUCAAGUGGUGCAAAAUGUCACGAAUUUUGGAAAAGGUGAUUUUAUCCAGGACCCGCGGUCAGAUACCACGCCGUGGCUUUCUGCGUUCAUGGCAUAUUCACUCAAGGAUCGAACGAAGGCUUUGGAAAUAACUUUACAGGUCAAGGAGAAGUUUGAGUGUGAAAUUGACUAG